CCACGAUGAUCCCACUGCUUCUACUGAACCCACCCAGUCAAGGCAAUGACACCUCCACGGUGUCCCAUGUUCACCGCCGCUCCAUCUGCUCCGGUGCCGACCAGCCUGUCCGUCCACCAGGAGUGUGGAGAGUGGUGAGGGUGAAGGACAAUGGACUUUACUGGCUUCUUACCAUACUUUACCUGCCGCUGGUGGUGGAGAUGAUCCUGACCCUGAAGAGGAGAAGGGGAAAAGAGCACAAAUGGUUUUCCCCUGCUAUCUUUCUCUUCCUCAUCAGUAUUAUUCCAUCAUUAUGGAUUUUAGAACUUCACCACCAGGAGAACAUAUCUGCUGACUCAACGUGUGAAAAACUGGACUCCACUGAAAAUAUCAAGAGUAUUCUCAGACUUCAGACUACACAGGGGAUCCCUCUGUCCUCAGUGUGUGCCAACAACUGGAUUCUGGCUUUACACCAAGUCCUGCUCAUCCUACUGAUUUUGGGGAGGUGGUUGCUGCCAGCCACUGGAGAGCUGACCAGAGACCAGCUUUCCCAGUUACUACUCAUCUUUGUGGGCACAGCUGCUGACAUACUGGAGUUCACCUCUGAAACACUGUCUGACAUCAAGGACAGCAGUCCAGCCAUGGUCUACAUUAUUCUGGCUGUGUGGACUUGGAGCAUGCUGCAGUUUCCCCUGCAUCUCUCAGUAACGGCUGCAUCCUCAGGUGACCCCUCUGAGCCUGCCCCCUCCCUCCUCUCUCAUCUCAGGACUGAUAUCUGGAGCACUGUGGGAGCUUUGUUUAUCCAGGAUGGGCCAUUUCUGGUAGUCCGCCUCAUUGUUAUGAUCUACUACAAGGUGGUACACCAGAUGCUGAUCUUCUUUGCCAUUAAAAACUUCCUGGUUGUCAUUCUCAGCAUCUACCGGCUCUCUGUCCUUAUCUGUGACAGGACCUCCUGAGUUUGAGUGAAACCCCAGCGCAGCAAGUUAUCAUAAUUAUGUUACUGUAAACGUCAUUUUGAUUGAAUAUCAUGUUCUAGUGUAUCUGAAAAUGUUGUUUUUUUAAAUUUCAAAUUACACACAGGUUCUUUAGGUAAUACAGUAUGUACUGUGCCUACCAGAAUAACUAUCCCACUUCUCACUUGAUCACUUAUGCAGAUUGAUUAGAUUAGAGAUCCCAACCAGAAAACAAUGAACUCAUGUGUUACUCCUCAUUUCCUGUUCAAACAUUAGAAACUAACUUACUAACUCAAUAUGUACCAGCUAGUCUGCCCCAUUCCUGUUUACCUGUGGAUUCUCAAAUACUCCUGUCCAAACCUG